AUAGUUAUUAAAUUUUUAAGAUUGUGUAUGUGUGAGAGAAAGAGAGAAAAAAAAUAAGACAGUCUGACAGAGAGAGUAGCAUAGUUUCUCAAAAGCAUAAUGGAUGCUAGUGGAAAGAUCUUUAAUAUUAAAACACAUUUUUUCAUAACUAUAAUGUUUACUUUACACAUUUGAGAUUAUUGACUAUUUCUUUAUAUUGUUUGUUUUUGCAUAUUACAAUCCAUUCAUUUAGCAAUUUAUUUUUAUGUGCUAUUAGAUAUAUAUAAAUUGGAGUGAGAAAUUAUAUAGGGAGCAUAAUAUCUUAAGUUGCAUAUACAUAAAUUUAAAAAUGUAGAUUAUAAAAAAAUACAAUUUUGUACGAGUAAUUUUUUGUUCUAAUGUUGUUUAGUAUGUCUUCUUUGCGGUUUAUUCUUUUUAAUUAACGCCCAAUUGUGGCCAGAUUUUAUUAACAUUAUUUUAUUCGUAAACAAGUCUCGAUCACGACGUCUGUCAAUCGCAACGGAAUACUUUAUUGAUCAAGAGAAAUAUUACUAUUUAAUGCUAAUUCACUUCAAUGCAAGUUCAUGCAUAGGAUUUAUCACAUCGGUAGCAACAGGAUCAAUGCUCUUUGCAUACCUUCAAUAUGCAUGCGGAGUGUUUAAAAUUGCUAGUUAUCGUAUUAAAAAUGCAAUAGAAAUUUACACACAAAGUAUUAAUCUAAAAAACAAAAAAUUGGUUUAUAAGAGUCUUAUUUAUGGUAUACAUAUUCAUCGAAAAGCAAUAAUGUUUUCCGAAUAUUUAAUAUCUAAUUUUGAGAUGUCAUUCAUGUUUUUAAUAGCGUUCGGAGUUCUUACUUUGAGUCUUAAUACUUUCCGACUUUUUCAGAUUCUGUCAUCUAAGUAUAAUAUUCAGGAACUUUUAUUAAUCUCUAUUAUAACGUUUGAUUGUUUUACGUACAUGUUUUUCGCAAAUUUUAUCGGACAAGAAAUUAUAGAUCACUAUAAUCUCAUAUUUAUUACUGCAUACGAAAUUCAAUGGUAUAUAACUCCGUUAUAUAUACAAAAGUUUAUACUAUUUUUAUUAUUAAGAGGCAAUAAAUCUUUUGGCUUGAAUGUCGGUGGAUUGUUCGUGUCGUCCUUACAAUGUUUUGCCACGCUAGCAAACGCAUCCUUGUCUUAUUUUGUCCUUAUGUAUUCUGUGGGAAAUUGAUAAAAGUAUUUUCAUUAAUUAAUACAUAUUAUUAAAGUAUAAACAUCAACAAAUGUAAU